AUGGCCCUCAUAACGUUUACCUUACUCAUUACGAACGGCAACCUAGAUAACAAAACCAGAGAGGUCUUCCGAAAGGCAGUUGAGUUAUGGAAGAACAGCACGUGUAUCAACUUCGAAGAAGAUGAAGAGGAAGUAGCUGAGGACCUUCUUCUUGUGUACAAGGAACAUGGAUGUUGGGCAGAAGUUGGCAGACAGGUCGGAUUGCAGUUGAUCUCACUCGGCGAAGGCUGUGACACGGUACCGGUUAAAGGACGUUCAGCGAGAGGCAAUGACGUUUAUACGACUGGAUAUUAG